CCUUCCGCUUUUGCCUUCUCUUUCUUCCGAGGAGCGGUGUGAAGCACUUUCCCCAUUUCUUUUUUUUCCCUUCUAAUUUCCUUUAAAAAAAAUUUAAAUUUGAAAGCGCCUCCUACGUGGUUUGCCCUAAUUAGAAGAGAUCGAUGAUGGUGAUCCCUCUUCUUCUCUUUAUUUAAUUCGAUGAUAUAGCAGAAAUAAGCAAACAGGAGGAAAAGAUUAACACAGAUAAAUCUCGAUGGCGAUGAUGGCCAGCUCUUCAUCGCAGCAGCAGCAACAAAAUCUUCAGAGUCUAAAUCCAAACCGCGGCGGCGGCGGCGGCGAAGAGGACAAAGGGGAGAAGAUUGUGGCCGACCGUUAUUUGAAGAGGGAGCUCCUCGGUGAAGGAACCUAUGGCGUCGUCUUCAAAGCCCUAGAUACCAAGACAGGACAGACAGUUGCAAUUAAGAAGAUUCGUCUGGGGAAGCACAAGGAAGGUGUAAAUUUUACUGCUCUGAGGGAAAUUAAACUCCUCAAGGAGCUCAAGGAUCCAAAUAUUAUCGAGCUAAUUGAUGCUUUUCCUCACAAGGGUAACUUGCAUCUUGUAUUUGAGUUCAUGGAGACCGAUUUGGAAGCUGUUAUUCGUGAUCGGAAUAUUCUGCUGUCUCCAGCUGAUAUUAAAUCUUACAUGCAAAUGACACUGAAAGGGCUUGCAGUUUGCCAUAAAAAGUGGGUUUUGCACAGGGAUAUGAAGCCUAACAACUUGCUGAUUUCUGCGGAUGGCCAACUGAAGCUUGGUGACUUUGGUCUGGCACGCAUUUUUGGCAGUCCAGAUCGCAAAUUUACUCACCAGGUCUUUGCUCGCUGGUAUAGAGCACCUGAAUUAUUAUUCGGCAGCAAGCAGUAUGGUCCCGGAGUGGAUGUGUGGGCUGCAGGCUGCAUAUUUGCUGAACUCCUUCUAAGGCGGCCAUUUCUGCAGGGUUCAAGUGACAUCGACCAGCUUGGGAAGAUCUUUGCAGCUUUUGGGACACCAAAGCCAUCUCAAUGGGCUGACAUGGUUUACCUUCCAGAUUAUGUCGAAUAUCAGCAUGUUCCUGCACCUUCAUUACGCUCCCUGUUUACAGCUAGUGAUGAUGCUUUAGACCUUUUAUCAAGGAUGUUCACCUAUGAUCCAAAAGCAAGGAUCUCUGCCCAACAGGCUCUUGAGCACAGGUAUUUUUCUUCCCAACCACUACCAACAAUACCGGAAAAGCUCCCAAGGCCACACCGGAAGGGAGAUUCAUUAAAUCACUAUCCUUCAGACUUUGUUUCACAAGACGCUCCUCUUGUUUUAUCUCCAUCGAGAAAAAUGAGGAGGGUGACACCCCAUCAUGGGGCAUUUGAAGGAAAUGCACAUGAAAAGGCUGGUCAUGCGAGGGACAGUAGACAUGUAGGCGAGAGUACUGGGCCGAGUGGAAAUAUCCUAAUGUCAAUAGAUUUCGAAGCCCUUCAUGGCUCACGACCCCCUCCAAGGCCAACUCUAAAUAGUGCCGAUAGGUCUCACCUCAAGAGAAAACUUGAUUUGGAUCCUGACUUCGGAUAUUCUCACUGAGAGGAGCGUGGCUUAUGGAUUUUUAUUGGCCUACUGGUCUGGACAAAGGGAAAACACUUAUUCAUUGAUAACGCGUGCUAUGAUUUUAUUUUCCACAUGCAAUCACCAUGAUCAAAGUAGAGACCAGCCCUGGUUGUUGGGGUAUAGAGGGUUUCGUUUACACUUUUGACUGGCAUACUCAAAUGAGCUACACAAGAAAUACAAAUGCGUGUUGUAAACUACAAAAUUAGGACUAAAACCUUCUUUUGUUCAUUUUUGAGGGGAAUUUGAACUUGUAAUUUAAUUUGUUCCUUCUCUACUUGUCCUCCAGGGCAGCGUGUGAUAAUUAAUUUUUGAACCCAGAGUUCCUUUUGAAAUUGAGACAGGAGUGAUGUAUAACUAACAGUCAAGGAUAUAGUUGUGAGUUUUAGUUUUGGCAAUACGCCGUAUGGUUAAUGAUAAACAUAUACCUUGAGUUGCUCUU